UCUACAAUCACACAGCUCCUCAGCCGGCCACCCCCUUUUGCAGGGAAGGGAACCAUCCGGAAAAGCCACGUAGCCCCCCAGCUGGUCCAUUUGGGUGGAUUUAUGUGAAAUUCCAGAGAAAGAGGCCUCUGGCUGCCAACAGCACGGACUUUCUUGAAUUGUGGGUGGUCAGAAUGGGUAUGGAAAGGAGAAUCCUUGCUACUGCACAUUCCAUGCUCGAUGGCGGAUUACUAAACUAAGCCUCUGGACUAUAACGUUCCUGUUCAAGGUCUUCAAGAAAUUCAACAAGGGAAAGACAACACGAAUCGUACAAUAAAAGGUAAUCAUAUAAAAGGAGUAUCCCUGUGAAUAUAUUGUUGUGACUUAUUAAACACCAAGAACAAAAACAUGGCUUUGAUGCCCAUAAAAUUUGACUUGGUCAAGCGGGUCAAGCUGGCCCAAGGACUGUGGCUCUUGUACUGGCUCUAUGUCAUGGCUGGGAUCCUCAUCUUCAGCAUGGGGAUCUUCUUCAAGAUCGAGCUGCGUAAGAGAAGCGAGAUAAUGGAUAACAAUGAGAGCCAUUUUGUGCCCAACCUGCUCAUUCUGGUGGGACUCGUGGCCUGUGGUAUCAACGCUUUUGGGGGCAAAGUGUGCCAUGACUCCCUUGACACAAUUAAGUUCACCAAGUGGAAACCUAUGUUGAAGAUCUACAUGAGCGGAUGUGUGGUUUUUUGCAUUGCCCUUUUUGUCACGGCUCUGCUGUGUUUUCUGAUGCAGAUUACUCUGCAUUUCGCCCUGGCUGACGGCCUGAAGAAUGGAAUGAAGUACUACAAAGAUACAGACACGCCAGGACGAUGCUUCAUGAAGAGAACCCUAGAUAUGACCCAGGUUGAGUUCCGCUGCUGUGGCAACAACAACUACAGGGACUGGUUUGAGAUCCAGUGGAUUAGCAACCGCUACCUGGACUUCAGCAAUGACGAGAUUAAAGCCCGUGUCCAGAGCAAUGUGGAAGGCAAAUACUUGAUGGAAAGUGUUCCCUUCAGCUGCUGCAACCCUGGCUCCCCUCGCCCUUGUAUCCAACAUCACCUGACCAACAACUCCGCUCACUACAGCUACGACCACCACACUGAGGACCUAAACAUCUGGACCAGAGGCUGCCGUGAGGCCCUGGUGUCCUACUAUGGGGGCAUGAUGAACAGUAUUGGUGCUUUUGUGCUGCUGUUCAUUAUUAUGCAGGCUGUCGUGACUGUCGGUUUGCAGUACCUGACCACUUCACUGGAAACCCUGGUAGACCCAGAGAAUCCUGAGAGCGAAAGUGAGGGAUGGCUGCUGGAAAAGAGUGUGAGGGAGACACUUUCUGGCAUCAUGACAAAGCUCAAAUCGCUGUUUAAAGGCAACCAGGUACAGGAGGGAGACGCAGAAGCAGCUCCCACAUAAAGCUGAGAGAGUCAUGCCCCAUCCCACCCCAUCAUGUCUGUGGCCACUUCUACCUUUGGGAGAAGGAAUGCAUGAAAGUUUGUCUCUCUUAAAAAUAUAGGUGUAUAUGCAUACAUAUAAAAUCAAUACACCUAGAUUUUAAUGAGAUUCCAAUCGAUAUGUGAAUGUACACACUACAAUGUAAAUAUGAAUGAAAUUUAAUAUUUUAAGAAAUAAAUAUCUGUAAAUGUCCUGAUAUUAUCAUUUAAUCAUAUCAGAUAUUCAGACCAAAUAAGCCUCACUGUCCACCGUCCACGUAUGUAGUGGUAUAAAGUUUGAUCCUUAUAUUUCCAGUUUAUUUAUUAGUUGAGCGGAUGUUUAACCCGACAGCCUCACACAUACAAUAACACAUUUCAACAUCAAACAAUCAGGCGCUAUUAAAUCACUUUUCAGGAAGGGGUCACACGGCAGCUUUUAACCGGCAGCUGAUGAAAAUGUGUUUUUGUAAACAUUCAGCCCAGACCUUAAAGGGAUGGAAACAGUGGCACACCUUGCUUUUUACACAACGCUGCCUUUAACAGACCUUAGGUUGUCUGACGAUUUUCAAAAGCAUGUUGAUGGUGAUCUACUGGAGAGCAGAACUCAAUGGGGAAAC